AACAAUUCUAAGUAAAUAAGGUGUUAUAAAAAGAAAAUACAUUGACUUAAUAUUAAAUUAUUGAUUCCAUUUGUAAGGCCGUAGUAAACCAAACAAAAUGUUUUGUUGUUUUAAAAACUGUGUCAAUGGGUUUUCCCUAACUCAGACUGUACCGAUACGUGUAAAGAGCAAUCCAGUCCAGUUAGAUACUUUGCAUAUGGGACAUGAAGUAGUCGUAGUCAAAGGUGGCCAGCGAGUUUGUGGCUCUGGAUGUGCGCUAGGUAAUGCACCACUUGUACAAAAUAAAUCUUAUUUUGAAGUUAAACUUCAACAAGGUGGUGUGUGGGCUGUUGGUGUUGCUACACGGGAAGCAGACCUUAAUAGAGUGCAUGGUGGUGUUGAUAAAGAAUCAUGGUGUCUAAAUAGCGAUGGUACAGUUCGACAUGACAAUGUAGAGUUGUAUCAUCUCAAACCUGUUAUACGGGAGUCACCUACAUCGGAACUUAUAGUCACAGCAGGAUCUCCAAAUAGUAAUGAAAACCACAAUGAAAAUGAAAAACCAGAGAGUGAGAAGGGUGAUGAGAAUGCUGCGGUCGUGCCAGGGGAAGGUGAUGUGAUUGGAGUAGCAUAUGACCAUGUGGAGCUAAACUUCUUCCUUAAUGGUAAAAAUAUGGAAAUCCCCAUCAGGAAUAUUAAAGGCACAGUGUAUCCAGCACUUUUUGUUGAUGAUGGUGCCAUCUUGGACAUAAUAUUAGACAACUUUAGAUACCCGCCGCCUACAGGGUACGCGAAAAUAAUGGUUGAACAGUCCCUACUUUAA